ACACACUGUACAGGAGGGGUGCACACAGCGACACGAAACCAGAACGCUGGAGACUAACUAGAAAAUGAAUCAGAGGCGAACUGAUUUAGCAAGUGCAUGACAAAUGCAGUGCAUUUGAGUGUUCAGUAAAAUAACUUUCACACAGCAACACAAUUACUACUGUCGUUGUGUAGCAACGACCACGUUAAUGCUGGAAUAGAUGCUUUUAUCAUUCAUUAUUAUUUACGUGUAGCACCUUACUGUGGUGGACUUCUUGCAAAAAAAAAAUCAGAAUUUUUUUUUUUCAUUUUCAGUCACAUUAGAUUAGAAUGAAGAUGUUUAAUGUUACCACGCGCUGAAUACUGUACUUGUUUUAGUGAUUCUGGUGACGUCAUUUCACUGAAAUGAAAUCUCUGUCACUGCGAGGGACGCAUACAGAGAAGAUCCGGUCCUUUGGAGAGGCUUUUAAACGCUUCACAGGUCUUCGAUUACUGGACUUGUCCAGGAAUUCCAUAGUCAGUCUCGAGGGUAUACAAUAUUUAAUCUCGCUGGAGAAAUUAAACCUGUACUACAAUAAUGUUCCUUCACUGAAAGAAGUUUCUUGUCUGCAACUGCUGAGUGAUUUGAAAGAACUGGACUUGCGCCUCAACCCGGUGGCCAGUAGUAAGGAAGACUAUAGACUUAGUGUGGUGAGCAUGCUGCCCAAGUUAGAAAAGCUAGACGAGAGGCCUGUGAGAGACAGCGAAAGGAAAUCUGCAAGCAGCCAGGAUUACAAGAAGAUAAUGGCCCUGGGAAAAGAGGACAGCAGUGAUCUGACAAAGAAGAAGUAUGGGCUUGAUGAGUGUACUCAGGAUAUUCACUUGCAGGGCAGGUACAAGUGGAGCUGCGGAUUAAACACAGACUUCAAUGAAAAGUUGCGCCCCCGUGACCUCCAGCUGAACUUUGAGCCUGUGGAUCCAUGGAGAUAUUCUUCAGCUCUCUCUGUAACUGCUGCCAGUGCGGAGCAGAAGGAAAAUGCAACCAAUGAACAGAAGGUGUCAGAAAUAAGGAGAUCGAGAGAGUUUAAGUCCAGUGAUCUGGAAGAAGAAUACAGACCCCUUCCAUCUCCAACACGCUCCUCCCUGCGCUCCCCUGGAAAGUCUCCCACCAGAUCCAAGGACGGUUUCCGGGUGACUUUCUCAGACAGCCGAGCCCCUGCAGACCCCGCCAGGUCUUCCCAUGUUGCUGAGAUGGAUAAGGCUCUCUCUUCACCAGGGCUCAGUGGGAUUGAGAGCACGUACCUGUGCAAGCAGCACCGCAGUGUGAAUUAUGCCUAUCAGACACCCACUCCUCUUAGAGACGAGACUCCUGCAAACUCUUACAGCGAUGCCAGCAGCAUAGUGCCACGAGGCAGCUGCACAAGACUGCACGCUGAAAAGCAUGCCUACAAGUCAUCUUGUGUGGAUCUGCUGCAGCACCAGCUUGAUAAAACAUCAUCUGCCGAGUCGAGUACCGACAGACUACUGAAACUGACUUCAGACUUGUACCUCACUACACACAUUAACAAUGAAAAGGCCACCUCAGCUUCCUCUGGUAGUUCAUCCAAGAAGUCCACAGUUUCCAUUGAGCUCACUCCACAGGGCUGCAUGACGACUCCAGACAGAUCCCACCCGGCUCCCAGCGUCUCAUCCAGGCCUCGGGUGUCGAGGGGCUUGAUGGAACAGCUGAACUCGGAACUGCUUUCCAAAAAGAAGCCCUCGACGCCUGCCCAGGAAAAGAAAAGAUUCCCGCGGCCAGCUGAGUUCUCAAACUCGUUUUCUCCCAGAACCGAACUGAGAAGAGCCGGCAGUCUGAACAGCGUGUUGUAUACUGUAUCAGAUUAUAAAAGAAGGGAGAGAGAGGCUACUGACCUCACAGGGUAUCGCAGCCAAUCACCGCCCAGCUCGAGCUCCCAGUCCAUUUCUGAUAUUUCAUCCGUCCUGAAGCAGCUGCUAGAUUUGGUGGAUCGGUACUGGAACGGAUCCAAAUCCCUUCACCUGAACCGCAGGUUCCUCACUCCAGCUCAUGAUUUGCUAGCCAGUCUGACUAGUAGCCCAGCAUCGGCAGAUUCUCUGCAAAGAAGCAAUGCUCCAACAGGUCUUGGAGUGGACUCUGCAGAGCUGCAGCAAGUGAACCGGCAGCUAAUACAGACGCAGGAAGAACAAGAAUCCCUGAAGAGAAAAGUGUCGCAGCUUUUGGAGGAGAACAGCGCUUUGCGAACACAGGUACCAAAGACCGAUACAAAGACUGCUGCCUCUCAAACUAUUGAUGAUCUUCAGCAAGCUAUCGAGCAUCUGAGCCUUCAGGUUGAAAGUCUGAACCAACAACUGAAACAGUUCAGGAAGUUCGAAGAAGCAGUCACCAUGCUACAGGAGAGCCACAGGUCGCUGGUGUCUACAAAUGAUUGCCUGCUACAACAGUUAAAUAUAGCAGGAAGCAGACUCCCAUCUGAACUGGGGCAGUCCAGCCUCGCCUCAGAAAACACAAGGGCUGCGAACGGACCUUCUCCCAGCAGCAGACCCAGUGCUUCCUCCUCAAGAUUCAGUCAGUAUAGCAGACUGAGCACCUGUCCACUCUGAGACCACCACCCAGGAUGUAGGAUGUGAAGUCUGGCUCUGGUAGAGUAGCAGUCACAGAACAACAGGGCAGCAUGACUUUCAGACAAUUCACCAUCUUGCAUAACAAAUAAUUUUUAAUUAGGAAUGCGAGUUCUAAGAAGAUAUUUAUUGAAGUGAAGUGAAGUGAAUGCAUAUAUAUAUAUAUAUAUAUAUAUAUUAGUGAUGGGCACCAAUAUCGGUAUUUUGAUAGAUUGAUAUUGUUUGAUAUCGAUCAUAAUUUCCAUAUCGCGAUACUCUUUCUUGCUGAUACUGCUAAAAUACAAUCGCAGUGUAAUCAAGUUUGUUUUAUAUGGAGAUGCAAUAAACCCAAUACAUAGCAAUCAUUGUCAGCCUCAUAGGCAAAGAAACACCACACACACAAGUAUUAUUUAACCAUUUUGUUUAAUUGAUUUAGGUACCAAACACUUAGCAUGCUGCAUUAAGUUUGGCACUACUAACCGUCUUGUUUCUGGUGCAAAAUUCGGCAUAACACCGUACGUGAUACUUUUAGAGGUAAACAAAAGCAAGACUGAAGGAUAUGUAUAUGAAUCAUGUUUUUAAAAGACCUUGGAUUGAUUUGUAUAUAUCUUCAUAAUGGUGGGGGAGCAAAACAAAAUGAUUGUAGAUUGUUACAACAAAGUGUGCCCUCGCAAACACUGUAAUAUCAAAUCAAAUUGUAUUUACACAGUGCCUUUCAUACCAAAUGAUCUCAAAGCCAUUUAUAUGAGACAGUGACCCCAGGCCCAGCUUAAUACAACUCUGUCCUGGCUUGUGAAAGAUGGUUCCCAUUGUUGUAAAGCAGAUAGGAUCCUUGGAAAGGCUCUGUCAGAGUGGAUCUAUCAUGCUUAAUUGAAUGUGCAGAGAAUAAUACAUUUGUUUUGUGUUUAGGAUAAUGUGUUGUAAUUAGACUAUAUUUAAGCACCAUACAGGAUUGAUUCAUUCCAACUCAUUAACUGAAUGACGUGUCUGUUUGUUUGUUUUUAUUUUUAAAUAAAUUGUGUACUUGAAUUAUAUUACACAUAUUAAAACAAGUUUGACUAGAAAUAUGCGCUGUUGUUGAAUUUAGAUUUACAUAGUGUCUUCAUCUGAUAAGUAUUUACAACGUUUGUUUGCAAUCACUAUUAGCCUAUUUGUAGACAUAUAUUUUCAUUGUAAAAUAAAAAUAAAAUUGAUUUCUUUAUAAUUUGUCAUAUUCUGACCACUGCAAGUUACAAACUUACCUGUGUGUAGAGAUAGUGAUUUAAUUUUGUAUGUGUUUUUAGAAAUGUUUUAAAAUAAUGAAUCAGUUUCAAGAAUAUAUUGUAUGGGAAUAAUCCAAAGUAAUUUAUAUCUGUAAAUAAUCACAUGUACAUUUAUUUUCAUUAAACGUUUUGAAACUGUAACUUUGUGG